AUGCCAAUUGACAAAAAGCAUCCUGAGACGACUGUCAUGGCAGCAGUCGAUUACCGCAUCUUGCCCGGGACCAAGUCAGAAGUUAUCUCGUUGCCUGAACCAGUAAUCCCGACGACAACGGAUCAUCUCGAGUUGCAGCAAUACAUCGACUCCUUAUGCGUCCACACGGAUACCCAUAGCUUGACAAGAGAGAAAGCAAUGGAACUCAUUGAAGUACCAGAAGGCCUCGAUGUCCAUGAGGGCGUGUGGUGCUACGAAUGGAUGCGGAGGCUGUGUAUGGACCUGAAUGAAUUGGUGAUCGCAUUGCUUGAAGAUGGAUGCGAGCCAACUAAAUGCCACUUAAUGAAUGCCGGCGAAUACCAAUUCCUCUGCGCCUCCCACCCCCGACCCCGCGAAUGCUCCGCAAUCGACUACAUCCACCACACCCUAACCCAGUCCAUCCUCCUCCUCCUCUCCCCCUGUUUCUUCGACCCCUCUAACCCACCCUCAACACAUGCUUUCUCCUCAAUCGCGCGGAGACUCUAUAGGAUCUUCGCGCAUGCGUGGUUUGAGCAUCAUCAUGUGUUUUGGACGGUGGAGAGUGAGACGGGAGUUUAUAAGCUGUUUAUGGCGGUUAGUGAGAAGUGGAGGUUGGUGCCGGUUGAUUUGGUGAUUUUGCCGAAGGAGGCGGGGGAGUGGACGGUUGAGGGGGAUGGGGAGGAGGUUGAUGAAUUCGAUCGGGGCGAGACGGUGAGUGGGAGAUAA